CCAGACUGUGCCACUGCAGCUGCAGAGCCCCCGCCCUGAGGGCGCGCCUUUCCAGCCCGCCCAGCCCUUCGGAGGGAGGCGGGAAAGCAGGGGAAGCCUCGCCCACCGCCCUGCCCCCAACCCCGCCACUCCCAUCUCCUCGGACUCAGCACGUCCUCCUGGGAUUGUCACGGAGGAGACUUUGCUGUGCAGACAUCAUGGAGGUUGUGCUGAUGUUUCUGUGCAGCCUGUUGGCCCCCAUGGUCCUGGUCCAUGCAGCUGAGCAAGAAAAAGAACAGGAUCCCUUUCAUUAUGACUACCAGACCCUGAGGAUCGGGGGAUUGGUGUUUGCUGUGGUCCUUUUCUUGGUGGGGAUCCUCCUAAUCCUGAGUCGCAGAUGCAAGUGCAAUUUCAAUCAGAAACCCCGGGCACCAGGGGAUGAGGAGGCCCAGGUGGAAACGCUCAUCACUGCAAAUGCAACGGAGCCCCAGAAGGCAGAGAACUGAGGUGCAGCUGGCAGGUGGGAAGCCUCCAGAAGUCGCAGGCAGCUGCGUGAACCUCUGGAUAUGAGUGCUGAUGCUUAAGAAAAUCGGCCACUUCAGCAACAGAUCUUUCCCCAGGAGAAGCCAACAACUUGUGUGUCACCCCUUCUCUCUCCCCACACCCUCGUGAACCCCAGUUCUCAACUUAAGGAUGCAACUAACACCCCUAUCUCUCUACCUGCAGCCUGUGGUCUUGUCCACCUCUGUGAUGUGUCUCUGUUUGUGUGUGUGCGUGUGUGCGUGUGUGCGUGUGUGUGUGUGUGUGUGAUGGCCAUGGUCUUUGUGGCUGCUCACCCGUGGAUGAUGUGUAUUAGUGAACCCGGACUCACUGCCCUGGGCAGGAGCUGAACCAGGAGUUCAUCACUCCUCCCUGCUCCCCAGCCCCACCUCGUGGCCCCCUCCACUUCCGUCUUCUGGGAGUCUGCUUUGUCCCUGGAUACCAUCCCCUCUCUUGGUGUAGGGAUGAAUGGAGGGAGAGGGGCCCCACAGUCUUCAGUUGUCUUGCAGGAAGGUUUCCAUGAUGUUUAAAAUCAUUCUGCAGAGCCUCUCUUCUCUCCUUUAAAGAGCUUUGUUUCCUUACUCCACUCUGUUCCACCUUUGCUCGGAGGGUCUCUUAGCUAUUGGAAGUGCAUAGCAAUGACUUGGGGGAGCCCAUCUCUACCUUCAGUGGCUCCUUUCCAUGGAGCGCCCCCCCCCCCCCAUUCCCUCUCUGUCACAGAGUGGUCGGGGGUUGCAGACCUAUGUUCUGCCCUUGGGGAUGUGUCCAGUGCAUAUCUUCUCAGCAAUAACCUCUUUCCCGUCUCCCAUGCCUCCCAGAUUCCUGUAGACAGCCUGGGGUCUGAGUCCAGACCCAGAGUAGGGUCUUUGGCAGACUGUGGCUGGGGGAGCCAUUCCAUGGGACCAUACCCUGUGGAGGAACAGCAGGAAGGGAAGGCUUCUUGGCUUCUCUGUCCAUGUCCUAUUGGUCAGGCAGUAAUGGUGGCUCCUGCACCCUUCAUCCUGCCUGCCACAGCACAGAGAGGUGAGGGGGAUGGUCCUGCUGCAGAGGAACCUAAGAGGUCAGAGGUCAUGAAGAAGGUGGGAAAUCCACCCAGCCCCUCCUCCCCUUUACCUGUCCAUCAUGUUCUUGUGGAAACUAGCCAAACCGUACUGCUGUGACCAGGACUGCCAUUCUCUGUGCUGUGAUCUAUCCUCCUAACAAUAUAAAGGAAUAAAAUACUAUUUGUUUCCUAGUG